UGCUGGAAGUUGGCCAUGGUUGUUGAGAAGAAGGAUAGCUACUUCGUCCUCUACGUCAGUCAAUAUGGGUAAAACGGUCUAAGAUGAAAGACUGCCCACAGCCUAGACCGGUCGUGUGGCCGGAGAGUUGUGCAAUCCCCGGGGCGAGAGUCACGAUUCGUGUUACCACGAGAGGCAAGUCGUUUGGGAUGGAUCAACGAUGGAUUGCCUCUGCCACUCUGGCCGUCUGGCUCUGCAGCGUUAAGUUACCAACAAUGCGCAUCCGUACGCCCACGUCCAUUGCUCCCCCCCCCUCCCUUGCCGGCGCUAAGAAGCCGACGUUAUUUCGCUUCCGCACCACGCUGGGGCCCCCCCAAUCUCCGCGAUUUGCACCUCUCCCUCCAGUUUGGCCGCCACCCUGGGCUUCCCAUCGGACGGGUCAUCGAAAGCCGAUGUCAGGGCUGAACCAAAGGGCUGCCCACACAAAAAAGAAUGGCAAUGAUGGAGUCGAGGUUGCAAGAGAAAUUUUCUGUGAGAGUCUGGACCCUCCGUCACUGGGAAGCAGCUGGGAAGAGCGUUUCUACCAUGGCAGCAGAAGCCAUGCGAUGAUUCCCGCUCCGUCACUCCCGAUGACUGAGAGACUCCCAUUCCCCACGGGCCUCCAAUGGAGUCGCCAUUUCAGUCUCUUCCCGUGCUUGUUAUGCACCCCUGCUUUGAGGAAUGCAACCCGAGACGGCGGGUUUGGACUGGAAUUUGAUCUCCCUGGUCGCGGGGAACGUGCUACAGGUUACUACCGGCCGAAAGUGGUUGCAUUACUGCGGCCCUGUCUUGGAUCACCAUUCCUGUUCUCUGCGCUUUCUUGUCACACACGUUUCCGAGUCCGACUUGAGUCUUUGCCAGACGAGAGUGCGCCUGGGACAUGGCUUAUCACAGCUUCGAACAUGUGCUGCACGAGCGAGUGCACUGCAGGCGAUUUUCAUUUGCACUCCCCAUCUGUAAGGUUUCCCGACUUUUCUUCGCGCAAAGUAUCGCCCAACAGCGGGCCCGGACAUGACGGUCACAAAGUGUGAUGCCACUUUGUUAGGGUUCAUGUUAUUUUUGUUUACAAAUUUCCCCGAAUGUGUCAACUCGACGCGGUUCAAGGCGCGGUUCAAGGCGCGGUCCGCGUCGUCGGGCGGUGGGAAUUGGCGUUUUGGCGGGGUA